UUAAAAAAAGCAUUUAUAAUCAAGUAUGAAAUAAUGAAUAAUAAAAAAGCUUCAAAAAAAAAUCAUUUGUAACUAGGUAUGAAAAAAUGAAUAGAGCCCAGUUUUACAUUAUAAUUGUUUUUAUAUUUUGUUUGGUUUUUAACGCAAGAUUAACUUUAAAACAAGAAAUAAAUACAAGUUUACUGACGACAAAUUUAUCCAAUAAUAUUUCUAAAAGUCUGCCAACACCUAAAGAAACACCAACCUUAAAAAACCCACCACCAAUACCUAAGCAAUCAACUAUCCCACCACCAACACCUAAACAAACACCAAUCUUACCAUCGACUUUGAAAACAACAUCAACACUAAUGUCAUUAUUUAAACCGACACACAAACAAACAUUAUCACCUGUAUCUAAAGAAACAAAUAAUAAAAAUGAUGGAGUUACCUUCCAAAUGGCUUAUAAAAAAUUCUUUCAGUUUUUAAUAAUUACAAAAAAAAAGUUUGAUGCUUGGUUAGAGUCAAAUACAUUAGAACCUCAAACAACGCUGAAUAUAAUAUGGCUUUUUGUUUUUAUACUAAUUAUUACGUUUUGCUGUUUUAUUUGUAGAUAUUGCUGCAAAAAAAAAAAGAAAGAUAAAGAUUUCAAGGAUAAAUUAGACCUAAAACAAGAUCAUUUGUUUGGACCAAAUUAUGCGGAACGCAUACGACCUAAAGUUGAAGAAAUCGAUUAUAAUAUUGAAAACACAAUGCUUGGCGAUAAUGCCACUGUAAAAGUAGCUAAAAUUAAAUUUUCGCUAGAAUUUAAUUUUGAGAAAAACAUUGCUAAGAUAAUUAUUUAUAAGUGUAAAGAUUUACCCGGAAUGGACAAGUCUGGUUAUUCAGAUCCGUAUGUUAAAGGUUUUUUAAAGUUAGGUAAUUCUAAAAUAAAAGAUUUUGAAACAAAAGUUAAAUCGAUGACACACAAUCCUAUAUUUGAUGAAACAAUUACUGUGGAUAACGUAAAGUAUACAGACCUUUCCACAAGUACUUUAACGCUUAAAGUAUUUGACAGCAAUCGAUUGAUGCGUGAUCAGUUGAUUGGUGAAGCAAAUAUUUUGGUUAAGGAUAUUAAUUUAACUAAAGGUAAAGUUACUGAAUGGAAAAUUUUAACACCUGAAUUGAGAGUUAAUAAAUUUAGUAAAGAUUUUAAACUAGGACAUAUUUGUAUAGGCUUGGGGUAUGCUCCAAAUACAUGCGCACUUGUUGUAUUUGUUUUAUGUUGUCAAAAUAUAAAAGCAGUUUUUAAAAGUUCUUCUAAUCCUUACGUAACAGUGUUUUUAAUACAAGAUGGUAGAAAAGUAAAAAAAAGAAAAACAACAAUCAAACGAAAAAAUUCAAAUCCUUCAUUUAGCGAAUCUUUUACUUUUGAAGUUAACAAUGAAAAAAUUAAAGAAACUUCUUUGAUGUUUGUUGUUGCGCACUAUGAAAAAGACCAACCAAGAGAAACCAUAGGUCAAACAAUAAUUGGUUGUCUUGGUAAAAGACAAGAAAUAGAACAUUGGAAGCUGAUGCAACAGUCUCCAGGAAAACCAGUCUGUCUUUGGCAUAUGUUAUAUCCAGUGCCAAAACCAGAAUAAUUUUUUAAGAGAAAAAUUUUUUUGAAUAAAAUGAUUAUUAUUUCA